AUGGAGGAAGAAACAAAAUUCCUCUCACGCCCACCUACAAAUUUGAAAUUACGACGUGGUGUAGAACCCAUAGUUGACAGGAAUCCAGAGAUGUUCUUAAAAAAUUUAAAGCGCGCGUUUUAUAAAGCAUCUGGUGAACAACGUACACUAACGUUAAAGAAAUGGAUAGAAUCUGGACUUUCAACCUUUUUACACAAUGGAAAACUUACUGCAAAUGAAUUUGUCGAAUAUUUUAAUAAAGUUGACGCAAAUUGCAAAGGUUACAUCGAAUGGCCCGAUUUAGCCAUGUAUAUGAUCUGUGAGACAUCACCUCCAGAGAAAAUCAAGAACGCAAACGACAAGAUUAUUGAAAAAGUUGAAGUUCCAAUUACAGUUAGACAGGAAUGUCAUCGUGGUACGAUCACACAAAUCGAUUCAAUACCAUGGAUACAGAGAUAUAUUACACUUAGCUAUGAUGCAAUUAAGUUUUGGAAAACAGAUCCUUUAGAAUUAGAUUAUUUUCUUAAAAAUCAAGCCAAUUUCUGUGCAUUCAUGGUUUUUAAGAAAUCGCAGAUCAUGGCUGUAGCAUUAUCAACACGUAGAAUCAUAUUCUACAAUACAAGUAAUUACACAUUACUUCCUGUAACAAUUGGAGCCUCACCAACAGCAUCCUCCAUCAAACACAUGAACUACAAUGACUCAAAGAAGCUUCUUUCUGCUCUACAAGGCCCAGAUCUCCCAUUAUACAAUUGUCCAACAAUUAUGAUCGAAGCAAUUUACGUUCCUAAGCGUCCUUACUUCUUUGACAUGCUCGUUGCUGAUGACUGUGGUGUCCUGUCAUAUUUCGCAUUGACAACACCUCAAAGAAGAGAUGGCCAGGAUUAUUCAAUUAAUUUAAUCUCUCAUAAAGAGAUCCACAAUGCUUCAAUCACAGAAAUAAAGCCACUAGAUGACUUAGAAGUAUACGCCACUGCAUCACUCGAUAAUACCAUUAAAUUUAUCCAAAUUGACAAUAAUAAUAUUACAAUUCUCAGAACAUUCAAUGAACUCAACCCAAUUGUCUCAUUCUGUUACUUCGAGCAUCAACACUCUAUCCUCAUUUGCAUGAAACAGUCGCCACCAACUGUUUGGUCAACGAAACCUCCGAAAAGAACAAUGUCUAUAUCGUUGAACUACGAUAUGCCGAUAAAAAGCGUUAAUUUCGACCACGACAAGACACAACAUUACAUGGUCGCGGUCUCACAAAACGGAGAUGUGAGAUUAUUCUCAGGAAUGACCUUCCUUCCUCAAGGUACGUACGAAAGCGAUUAUCAGGAGAAGUUUGGGUCCAUUGCUGUUGAUGAAGAUCGCCACAUUAUCCUUCUUGGAGCGAGAUUUCCUGUAUUAUGGAGAUCUGUUCAAGCGAAAGUCGUAGUUGAGAAUGUGGUACACAGGUUCUCUAUAUGCGGUUGCUUCUAUUCAGAGGACUUCCAGAGGAUUGUUACGACAGAUGUAAGAGGUGUUGUAAAUACUUUCGACCACACAAACGGAAACAACGAUUUCGGACUUAGAUUAGAUGUAUCUGGUCUCAAAACAGUCUGCAUCGAUGGAAGAGGCCGAAGACUCUUUACUACUUCAAAUCAUGGAAAUAUUGAUGUUUGGAAUCUCAAUUCCGGAUCAAUUCUUACAACAAUAGAAAGAAAAGAACCAGGAUUGAUAAACGGACUCAAGUUUUUCCAUUUCGGAGUCAGAAUGUUCCUUGCAUAUGCAACAACCGUCAAAAUAGCCGUUAUAAUGGUCGAAACAUUACCUGGUCAGUUCACUUUUCUUUCUAGAUUAGAAGGCCACACCAAAAACAUCACUUGUAUCGACGCAUCUUCCAAACACGGCGUUGUCGUCACAGGAGCAACCGGUGGAGAGAUGAUUAUGUGGCCAUUGGAUCCAAACGAGAAUCCCAGGAAGCAAAUCAUUGGUAGCGAUGUCGACAACAUCUGCAUUAAUGGAGAUUAUCUUUAUGCAUCGUGCGAAGACGGAACAAUCACUUGUCUUUCACUUCCUCAUUUCGAGAACCUCCUGAGAGUCAAAGGAAUGCCAUACUCAAUCACUUAUUCUUUGACUGCAAUCGCUUGUGCAAAUGACAUCGUUGUUUCAGGAGAUUCCAACGGUUAUUUGACGGUUUUUAAGACGAUGAACGAUAAGUUCUAUAACAUGUUCCCUGUUAAAGUUUUCCGCUGCCAUGAGAGCGAAAUCACACAGUUAAUGUUCAUUCCCGACAGUCCAUAUUUACUGACAAUUGGCGGUGAUUUCACAAUGAGAUUGUGGGAGACUGAAAAUUUCGAAUGCGUUGGAAAUUUCACGAGAAACAGUCAGUGGAAUAUAUCCGACCAGACAACAUAUAUCAAGCAGGACAUCAAAGAAAACGAGAAGUACCAACAGGCAGAGAAAACAGAGAGCAUCAAAAUGACUUCUUCAAUGAUGACAGCGAGAUCUGUGAACUCGAAUGGUCCAAUGCCUUCAUCGCGUUCUCCUGUCAUGAGAAAAAGAGAUUCAUUGUUGAACAUGAGCGAAUUAAGAUCAUCAAGGAAACUCGCUAACAAUGCAUCAAUGAAGUCUAUGCUGUCAACUGCUUCAAUAAGAAAAGCUCUAGGUCAAGAACCAGAGAGAUCUCCAUCGGAAGGAUCAAUUGACUGGGAUGCUGCUUUCGAAAUGAUUUCUUCGUAUUAUUCUUCGGCUGAUUCAAGGGAAUACCAAGUACAAAGCUUGGAUGAAGUCGUAAGAAGAGAACCAGAAAAGGAGAGCCAAGUACUUAUUGACCCUCUCAUUGAGAAUAUCAUCGCAAAUGACCCUUCAAAGGAAGUCAAGAAGAUAUCAGAAAGCACUAAGGUGUUUUCUUCAAAGAAACAGUCAAGAGUUGAAUCAAAACUUAAUAUGAUUGUCAAACCUAUGCAUAGAUCUGCUCCUUCUUUACUUUAA